UUUGUAGCUGCACUGCAACUCCUCUUUAAUUAAGGAUAAGGUAGAGAUAGCCCAAGCAGAAGGCAGCAGCAGAUUGCUGGAUCAAGGAGAUCGUACCUGUGGAUGGCUGGAGCGCAUGCGUGGAUGGCGGAAAUUGUGUAUCGAGUGGUAGACUUGAUGAUGAAGGAAUCUGAGUUGCUGUCCGGUGUGGUAAGCGGCGAAGGAUUGGAGGGCCUGGGGUCAGAGCUGCAGCAGAUGGGUCGGUUGCUGAGGAGGUCGCCGGAGCAGCAGUGGCCGUCGCUGUGCAACUGGGAUGGAGACGUGGAAGAACUGGUGUACGAAACGGAGGAUCUGGUUGACAAGCUGAUCUAUGAUGGGCUCAAGUUUGGAGAAACAGCGGAAUUAGGUGGCUUGGAGAAAUGGUGGCUGUUUAAGAAGUUGUGGUUGGAGUGGGUAAUGCCCAGAAUGACCAAGGAGGAGGAGUUAGUUGAUCUGACUCAACGGAUCCGCCUCGUCAACGGUCGAUUAUUAGCGAGAGCCGCUGCUCGUUAUCGAGACGGAAUGGCCAAAGCUGUUCCUGCCCUCCCCGGUCAACGGGAAGGAGAUGAUUUAGUUGAUGAUAAUGUUUGCAAGAUGGAUCAUGCUUGGAAAUCACCUUCCCCUCCUGUUGAAUCAGACGACCACUUGGAUGUUGACGCCAUUUGUUCGGAGGACCAAGAAGAUGAUUUCGUCGUUGUUGGCAGGGAAGACGAGCGGAGGGAGGUGAUUUCUAGCUUGCUGGCUACUGGUGACGCCUUCAAAAUUAUUGGGAUAUACGGAAUGGGUGGAAUCGGCAAGACAACUCUCGCCCAAAAGGUAUAUGGGGACUCCUCCGUCCGCCGCCAUUUUGAUUGCUUUGCCUGGGCUACGGUGGGGAAGGACUUCCGCACCAGAAGAAUUUUGGAAGAUUUGCUGCUGCAACAUGUCUGCCGAGCGAGGGAUGACAUGGCCCCAUUUUCAGACUUGGACUUGGCUCAGAAGCUUUACGAGUUCCUGCAGUCCAAGAGAUUCUUGAUUGUUUUGGAUGAUGUCUGGUCUGCCGAUGCUUGGGAGUGCCUCCGCAUUGCACUUCCGUCCCGAGAACCAACCGCCAGCAGAGUGCUGCUCACCACUCGGGACGACGGAGUUGCGGACAAGAUUGCUUCUUCAUCUGCCGACGACAAAGGAUUCGUUCACCGGAUGAGGUUUCUUAACCCAGACGAAGGCUGGGAGCUUCUCCGCAAGACGGCUAUCAGAGGUCACUCUUCUUCUGAUCCUAAGGUUGAUGCGGAACUGCGAGAGAUUGCGGAGGAUUUAGUAGAUCGCUGCCAAGGCUUGCCACUAGCCAUCAGGGUGAUGGCAGGGUUGUUGGCGUCAAAUCCUACACCGCACCAGUGGAAGGCGGUUCACCGCAGUAUUGUCUCCUAUCAAACCAUUGAUCAAGGUUCUCAAGUCUCUGCAAAAGUAAACCAGACUUUGGCUUUGUCAUACCACUUUUUACCAGAGUAUUUGAAGCCAUGCUUUCUCUACACGGCUGUGUUCCCUGAGGGUUUUGAGAUGGAUGUAGGGAGUUUAUGCCGAUUGUGGCUGGCUGAAGGCUUUAUAUCGUCAACCCAUGGGUCAAGCCAACAGUCAAUGGAGGACAUCGCACAGCAGUAUCUGAAUGAACUGGUGGCCAGAAAUCUGGUGUUGGUGCAGAAAAAAGAAUCCUCACCAUUUAGGAGUUUGAGAACCUGCCGUGUUCAUGACCUGUUGCGAGACUUGUGCUUACUGAAGGCAGAGGAGCAGAACUUCUGUGACUCCAUAAGCUUCAGACACACAAAUGACACCGGUCUAGCUUCUUCUUCCCCCAUUUUAACUACCAGAAUACAUAGACUUGCGUUGUCUUUUGAAGACGGGUGUGUGGUUCCCCACAAUUGGAAUACCAUUAAACAGCUUCGGUCCAUCUCAAUACAGUCCACAUCUGAUGAUCAUGGAUGUAUCUUAUCGCCGCACAUGUUAUCAGAAGUGAAGGACCUCUCGAGGCUUAGGGGGUUAUUUCUCUCUGGUUUUAACUACAAAGUAUUGAGGUUUCCCUCAGCGACACUGGAGUUAUUUCCGCGUCGGUUCUUGAGUAUGAGAGAUUUACCUAAAGUAUUAUCAGAUCUUACCAACCUUAAACGGCUUCGAGUUUUAUUUUUCAGUGGUUUUAACUUUGAUGUCAUUAGGAUGCCCACUGGGAUUGAAAAGCUAUUCCGCUUGAGAUACUUGAGCAUUAGAGACUGUAAUAUCACGCGUUUGCCUCCAACUAUUGGCAGCUUGUUGAACUUGGAAACUCUCGACUUAGGGGAAGGCACUUGGAUUAGGAUGCUCAUACCCAGUGAGCUGCAGAAACUGAGCAGAUUGAGGCAUCUUUUUUUGCCUCGUAGCUAUCAGGUCGUCGAGGGUGGCAAAUUGCAAUUGGAUGGGUUGACAAAGCUGGAAACACUUGUUAACUUCGAUUCGAGGCAGUGUAGAGUGAAAGAUCUGUUUAAAUUAACAAAGCUUCGGAAGCUUGUUGCUACCAUGGAUGUGAAUUUUGAGGACCUGGAGGUGGUAAUUAACUGCAUGGAAACAAGCUUAAACUGCUUACGCUUUUCUUCACUCAUUGUCAGAACACAUGACUCUGGUAACCAUGUUGUUACUCACAAAUUAUUGCAGUGUGCCAAUCUUCACCUUUUGCAAAUAGAAGGUCAUAUAGGCAAGUUGCCUCUGAGAAUUUCUCAUAGCCUCACUGAAAUUUCUUUAAUUGGGUCUUUGCUUGAUGAUGAUCCGAUGGAAAAAUUGGAAAAGCUUCCUAACUUGUGGGUCCUUGCAUUGCACAACAAUGCCUUUCUGGGGAAGCACAUGACCUGUUCAGGCAUGGGUAUGCCGCAACUCAAAUAUUUAUCCAUCUCGAACUUGCGAAACUUGGAGAAUUUGACGGUUAAAAGAGGGGGCAUGCCCAAGCUUUCUACUUUAGCGCUGGAAGAAUGCGAGCGCCUAAAGAAUCUGCCUGAAGGACUCAAUUUCCUCACGAGUCUCCGGGAAUUGACUGUUGCACAGAUGUCUCCAGAGUUCAUUGACCGGCUUUAUGAGAGUCAGGAGGAUUUUCGUAAAUUCCAGCAUGUACCUGUCAUUAGAAUGUGCUGGCCUUCUCAAAAACAAAAGAUUGUUCCCCUAGCAUGCAGACAUGGGCUUCAGGUGGCAGGACAAGAGCUUCACUGAGCUUCCAAGAAAUAGCAGCUUCCUGCAUUUUGUUUUUUUGGAUUUCAUGCCCUUUUCCCUGUUAAUGGGCCUUCUCAAAAAACUGAAGACAUUCCUCUACCUUGCAAAGUUGGGCAGCUGAUGUCGGGAGAAGAUAUUCAGAGAAACUUUAAAGCUGCAUCAAAGAUGAGUAGUGUUCACGGCAGUUUGCAUGCACUAAUGAAAGGAGAGGAAUGGUCCAAUUUUAACUAUUUUUAUUGUUUUAACUUGAACCAAUGUUACAAAGGUUAUCAAGCUCUUAGUAGUACUAGUGUAGAUUACAGUUGUCCUACUUAUAAUCAUUGAGUGGAACUUACCUUUUUCUUUCCACUUGUAAUGCAUGAAGCCAUGCAUAAUACAAGUUAAUUCAGGCUUUCAUAGCUUGCUUUCCAGUAAGCUGUAUAAAAGGUUAAGAUUUCAGGUGCUGGAUGUUUGUCUGUUGGGCAUGGAGCAAUACAUGAGUUAGGAAAUUUCUUUGUUAUCA